UUAACUGAUGUUAAUAUUAGGGGAAGCUGGCAGACAGGUAUCUAGGAAUCUCGUGCUUUAUUUUGCAAGUCUAAAAAUUAUUUUAAAAUAAGGAUGUACAAAAGUGGGGAGGUGAGGGAGAAUAAAAAAGGAGCCCAGGUCCCAGAACUUAGCUGUUUUGUGGGAGGGACCCAGGACCCUGUGGCUCUUGUUGGGCAGCUCCUUCGGUUUCUCUGUUGGAAACUAGUGUUUGGCCUAGAGAAACCUGGAGGCCCCACUUGAAAGGUCCCCUGCUUCCCUCUGCCUGAGUAAAAACCCAUCAUAGUCUUAAUGUCCAUUCUUGGUAGCCUGUGGACCCCAGAGAAAGGCAAAUGUCUAAGGCCAUAUCCAUCUUCUUGGGACAUUCCGUUCUCUGACGCCUGUCUGAGGGACUAUCUGUACCCCCAGUAAAGAUGCAAAAACCGAGGCCCAGAGAGGCGAAGCCACCAUCUCUAGGUCACACAGCCAGUAAAUGCAGAGCCAGGUCCAAGCCCAGCUGUGUGUGACUCCAAUGCCAUGCCUUUACCACCUGACAUUACUACUCAAUUAUUGCUUAGUCCAGGUGGAGACAACAGGCAUUCACCAAGCACUUGCUGUGUGUCAAGGGGGCAGUGGAACUGGAGGUGAGGGUGGCUGAGAUACUGAUCCUGGACCACAGGUGCUGUGCUGGGAAGGCAGACCCUCAUACUGCUAAGCAUGUGGCAGGCAAUGCAUCAUAUAUCCACAGUCAUUCAUUCAUUCAGUCUCUGCUCUUGCCUGUCUCUGGACUCUGGGUGAUGGGUCAGAUAUAGUCCUUCCCCUGGGAGCUCCUGACCCAGCAGGGGAACAGAUAGUUAAACAGGCAGCUAAUCAUACAGAGAUGCCAUGAAGGGGAGUCGGGGAGAAGGGAAAGAAAGAGGGAAGAUGAUUUGGAAAGUCUGGGAGAUGAAACUAUUGGUGACACAGUGGGUGUAGCAGACACAGCCCUGCUCAGUGGGAGUUAUGGCCAGAAAAAGAGAUUGGGUGGAGUUUAGAAUUGGGGCAGAAUGGGACUGAGAUCUUGCUGAGAAGGUAUCUCGGAUGAAGAAGCUGAAGAUGAUGCUGGGAAGGCCCUUCAGCACUACAGGACGUCGGGACUGGGCACUUCCCUUCAACAUGGCCGCCACUGCUUCUCCGCAGCCACUCACCACUGAGGAUGCCGGUUCUGAGAACACCAGCUUCUAUUACUAUGACUACCUGGAUGAGGUGGCCUUCAUGCUCUGCAGGAAGGAUGCAGUGGUGUCCUUUGGCAAAGUCUUCCUCCCAGUCUUCUAUAGCCUGAUUUUUGUGUUGGGCCUGAGCGGGAACCUCCUUCUUCUCAUGGUCUUGCUCCGGUACGUGCCUCGCAGGCGGAUGGCUGAGAUCUAUCUGCUGAAUCUGGCCAUCUCCAACCUUCUGUUUCUGGUGACACUGCCCUUCUGGGGCAUCUCCGUGGCCUGGCAUUGGGUCUUUGGGAAUUUCUUGUGCAAGAUGGUGAGCACUCUUUAUACUAUUAACUUCUACAGUGGCAUCUUUUUCAUUAGCUGCAUGAGCCUGGACAAGUACCUGGAGAUCGUUCAUGCUCAGCCCUACCACAGGCUGAGGACCCGGGCCAAGAGCCUGCUCCUUGCUACCAUAGUAUGGGCUGUGUCCCUGGCCGCCUCCAUCCCUGAUAUGGUAUUUGUACAGACACAUGAAAAUCCCAAGGGUGUGUGGAACUGCCACGCAGAUUUCGGCGGGCAUGGGACCAUUUGGAAGCUCUUCCUCCGCUUCCAGCAGAACCUCCUAGGGUUUCUUCUUCCACUCCUUGCCAUGAUCUUCUUCUACUCCCGUAUUGGUUGUGUCUUGGUGAGGCUGAGGCCCGCAGGCCAGGGCCGGGCUUUAAAAAUAGCUGCAGCCCUGGUGGUGGCCUUCUUCGUGCUAUGGUUCCCAUACAAUCUCACCUUGUUUCUGCAUACGCUGUUGGACCUGCAAGUAUUCGGGAACUGUGAGGUCAGCCAGCAUCUAGACUACGCACUCCAGGUGACAGAGAGCAUCGCCUUCCUUCACUGCUGCUUUUCCCCCAUCCUGUAUGCCUUCUCCAGUCACCGCUUCCGCCGGCACCUGAAGGUUUUCCUGGCUGCCAUGCUUGGAUGGCACCUGGCACCUGGCACUGCCCAGGCCUCAUUAUCCAGCUGUUCUGAGAGCAGCAUACUUACUGCCCAAGAAGAAAUGACUGGCAUGAAUGACCUUGGGGAGAGGCAGUCUGAGAACUCCCCUAACAAGGAGGAUGUGGGGAAUAAAUCAGCCUGAGUGACCAAA